GAGGAGAGGAGCUGCAGCCAGUGGCCCCACCUCCUCCGGUUCCCAUUGGCCGAGAGGAGCCACCUCCCUCCCCUGCCUCAUUGGUAUGCAGGCAGUGCAGUGUCAGUGAGGAGAGAGGAAAGAGAGAGCGGUCAGUGCUGUAGGGCAGAGGAGAGCAAGGUUGAGAGUCAGUGAAUGAGAGCUGCUGAAUCUGCUGUUUGCUUGUUUUGCUGGGCUGCCUCCUAUCCACACUGCACUGGCAACACAGAAUACCCUGCCAACACCACAGACGCUGCUGAUUACCACGCUAGUUAGCCCCGGCGCUAACAGGAGCGCAAGGGGCCACCAGGAAUCAAGCUAGCCGGGUUUAUCCAUCCUUUGAGCAGGGGACGUAGCCGUGUCGUGUAGUGAAGGGGGCUGACGCUACGAUUUAGGCUCCUACCCCCCCCCCCCCCCCCCACCCCCCACCCCCCACCCCCCCCACCCACCACCACCAGCAGCAGCCCGCUCGCUCCUCCCUAUGUCCUUGUCCUCGGCGGCUCCUCUCAACUCCCUGGCCAGUAUAUGGAUAGAAGCUCCCUGUUUCAGCUCAUACAAGAGCAGGUAAGCGAGCAAAGCAGCAGCGGUAGGUUUCUAUGGUUACCGUCUCCUGCCAGCAGCCAGCCGCACUCUUUCUAUCUCGGGAUUUUAGGCAAGAGGCAGGGGUGAGAACUGCUGGUAUGGGAGGUGGGUAAGAGGGGCAUGUGGUAUUCUGUUACUUUUUAUUUAAUUUUUUACUUUAGUUUAUUAAGUAAAUAUUUUAUUAACCAACAAUGCAGUUCAAGAAAGAGUUAAGGGCUUGUAAGUAAGCAUAACAUUUGAUUUGAUUUAAUGAAGGCACACUGGGGUUGAAGAUGUAGUAGACUGACGCUACUGAGGGAUUCUCAGGCUAUGUGGGGUCAUGGUAGAGUAGACCUUAGAAGGUGAGGUCUUCAAAUCCAAUUGUAUUUGUCACAUGCGCCGAACACAACAGGUGUAGACUUUACCGUGAAAUGCUUACAAGGCCUUAACCAACAAUGCAGUAAAAAAAAAAAAAAACAGAGUAAAGAAAAUAUUUACUAAAUAAACUAAAGUAGUAAUAAAGAAAGUAACACAAAAUAACAAUAACGAGGUACCAAGUAAAUGUGCGGGGGUACAGGUUAGUUGAGGUAAUUUGUACAUGUAGGUAGGGGUAAAGUGACUAUGCAUAGAUAAUAAACAGCGAGUAGCAGCAGUGUAAAAACAAGGGGGGGGGGGGUCAAUGCAAAUAGUCCCAGUGGCCAUUUGAUUAAAUGUUCAGCAGUCUUAUGGCUUGGCGGUAGAAGCUGUUAAAGAGCCUUUUGGACCUAGACUUGGCGCUCCGGUACCGCUUGCCGUGCGGUAGCAGAGAUGACAGUCUAUGACUUGGGUGACACCGCCUAGUGUAUAGGUCCUGGAUGGCAGGAAGCUUGGCCCCAGUGAUGUACUGGGCUGUAUGCACUACCCUCUGUAGCGCCUUACUGUCGGAUGCCAAGCAGUUGCCAUACCAGGCGGUGAUGCAACCGGUCAGGAUGCUCUCGCUGGUGCAGCUGUAUAGCUUUUUGAGGCUCUGGGGACCCAUGCCAAGUCUUUUCAGUCUCCUGAGGGGGGAAAGGCGUUGUCGUGCCCUCUUCACAACUUUCUUGGUGUGUUUGGAACAUGAUAGUUUGUUGGUGAUGUGGACACCAAGAAACUUGAAAUUCUCGACCCGCUCCACUACAGCCCUGUCGAUGUGAAUGGGGGCGGGUUCGGCCCUCCUUUUCCUGUAGUCCACGAUCAUCUCCUUUGUCUUGCUCACGUUGACGGAGAGGUUGUUGUCCUGGCACCACACUGCCAGGUCUGACCUCCUCCCUAUAGGCUGUCUCAUCGUUGUCGGGGAUCAGGCCUACCACCGUUGUGUCGUCAGCAAACGUAAUGAUGGUGUUGGAGUUGUGCUUGGCCACGCAGUUGUGGGUGAACAGGGAGUACAGGAGGGGACUAAGCACGCACCCCUGAGGGGCCCCUGUGUUCAGGAUCAGCGUGGCAGAUGUGUUGUUGCCUACCCUUACCACCUGGGGGCGGCCCAUCACAAAGUCCAGGAUCCAGUUGCAGAGGGAGGUGUUUAGUCCCAGGGUCCAUAGCUUAGUGAUGAGCUUUGUGGGCACUAUGGUGUUGAACACUGAGCUGUAGUCAAUGAACAGCAUUCUCACAUAGGUGUUUAUUUUGUCCAGGUGGGAAAGGGCAGUGUGGCGUGCGAUUGAGAUUGUGUCAUCUGUUGGGGCGGUAUGCGAAUUGGAGUGGGUCUAGGGUUUCCGGGAUGAUGGUGUUGAUGUGAGCCAUGAUCUUUCAAAGCACUUCAUGGUUACCGACGUGAGUGCUACGGGGCGGUAGUCAUUUAUGCAGGUUACCUUCACUUUCUUGGGCACAGGGACUAUGGUGGUCUAUUUGAAACAUGUAGGUAUUACAGACUCGGUCAGGGAGAGGUUGAAAAUGUCAGUGAAGACACUUGCCAGUUGGUCCACGCAUGCUCUGAGUACACGUCCUGGUAAUCCAUCUGGCACCGCGGCCUUGUUUAAAGGUUUUGCUCACAUCGGCUACGGUGAGCUUGAUCACACAGUCGUCCGGAACAGCUGGUGCUCUCAUGCAUGCUUCAGUGUUGCUUGCCUCGAAGCGAGCAUAAAUGGCAUUUAGCCCGUCUGGUAGGCUCGUGUCACUGGGCAGCUCACGGCUGGGUUUCCCUUUGUAGGGUGUAAUAGUUUGCAUGCCUUGCCACAUCCAACGAGCGUCAGAGCCGGUGUAGUAGGAUUCAAUCUUAGUCCUGUAUUGACGUUUGCCUGUUUGAUGGUUCGUCUGAAGGCAUAGCGGGAUUUCUUAUAAGCGUCCGGAUUAGUGUCCCGCUCCUUGAAAGCAGCAGCUUUAGCCUUUAGCUCGGUGCGGAUGUUGCCUGUAAUCCAUGGCUUCUGGUUGGAAUAUGUACGUACGGUAACUGUGGGGGCGACGUCGUCGAUGCAUUUAUUGAUGAAGCCGGUGACUGAGAACAUAUUCCAGUCUGUGCUAGCAAAACAGUCCUGUAGCGUAGCAUCCGCGUGGUACUUCCGGCUUUAGUUUUUGCUUGUAAGCAGGAAUCAGGAGGAUAGAAUUAUGGUCAGAUUUUCCAAAUGGUGGGCGAGGGAGAGCUUUGUACGCGUGUCUUUGUGUGGAGUAAAGGUGGUCUAGAGUUUUUUUGUCUCUGGUUGCACAUGUGACAUGCUGGUAGAAAUGAGGUCAAACUGAUUUAAGUUUUCCUGCAGUCCCCGGCCACUAGGAGCGCCGCUUCUGGAUGAGCAUUUUCUUGUUUGCUUAUGGCCUUAUACAGCUCGUUGAGUGCGGUUUUAGUGCCAGCGUCGGUUUGUGGUGGUAAAUAGACGGCUACGAAAAAUAUAGAUGAAAACUCUCUUGGUAGAUAGUGUGGUCUACAGUUUAUCAUGAGGUGAGCAAUACCUUAAGACUACCUUAAUAUUAGACAUCUCGCACCAGCUGUUAUUGACAAAUAGACACACACCACCACCCCUCGUCUUACCGGACGUAGCUGUUCUGUCCUGCCGAUGCACGGAAAAUCCAGCCAACUAUAUAUUAUCCGUGUCGUCGUUCAGCCACGACUCUGUGAAAUAUAAGAUAUUACAGUUUUUAAUGUCCCGUUGGUAGGAUAGUCUCGAACAGAGCUCAUCCAGUUAGUUCUCCAGUGAUUGCACGUUGGCCAAUAGAACGGAUGGUAGAGGCGAGUUCCCCACUCGCCGACGAGUUCUCAUAAGGCACCCUGAUGUCCACCCCCUGUAUUUCCUUCUAUUCUUAAUGCGAAUGAAGGGGAUUUGGGCCUUGUAUGGGAGCAACAUUAUAUCCUUCGCGUGACUCAUUCAAGAAAAAUCUUCAUCCAGUUUGAGGUGAGUAAUCGCUGUUCUGAUGUCCAGAAGCUCUUUUCGUUCAUAAGAGACGGUAGCAUCAACAUUAUGUACAAAAUUUGAAAAACGAUCAUGUGUUACAGUUUGUAGAGGUGGGAGUGGCAUGUUUUCCUGGUUUACCUGUGCAGCAGUGAUAUAAAUGAAUGGUUAAACUCUGGAUGAAAUAAUUUAGAUUUGGUAUGAAUUAGUGGAUUGUAGGGAGCAGUGGUCAUGAGUUAAUUUACCCGGAGAUGGUUGGUCCUGACCUGAUGAUUUUACUGUAGUCAGUAGGCCACUCGUCUUGGCACUAGCUUGUACCUGUGUUGUUGUGUGCCAUACGUCUGUCUAGGUGUCUAGUCUUUUUCCUAGUCCUUGAGUAUCUCAGAAAUAUUGACAGAUGUUCCUCUUGGUCACAUAACAACCCAUGGGGCAAUGCUGUGCUCUGCAGUAUUAAGAUCCAGGACCAGUGGUGUAAAGUACUACUUAAGUAGUUUUUUGGGGUAUCUUUAAUUUACUUUACUAUUUAUAUUUGUGACUACUUUUACUUCACUCCAUUCCUAAAGAAAAUUAUGUUAUUUUUACUCCAUACAUUUUUCCUGACUUCCAAAAGUACUCGUUACAUUUUGAAUGCUUAGCAGGACAAGAAAAUGGUCCAAUUCACACUUAUCAAGAGAACAUCUGUCACACCCUGACCUUUAAAUGCCUGUUGUUUCUCGUUGGUUUGGUCAGGGUGUGAAUUUCUAUGUGUACAUUCUAUGUUUGUAUUUCUAUGUUGGCCGGGUGUGGUUCCCAAUCAGAGGCAGCUGUCGAUCGUUGUCUCUGAUUGGGGAUCAUACUUAGGUAGACAUUUUGUUUACCUAUGUUGUGGGAUCUUGACUCUUGUUUGUGUGUAGCCAUUGUGAGUGUCACGUUAUGUUGCUUUUGUUGUUUUGUUCUGAGUUUAUUUCAAUAAACAAAUAUGUACGCAUACCACGCUGCACCUUGGUCCAAUCCUGUACUCAACGAACGUGACAACAUCGCUGGUCAUCCCUACUGCCUCUGAUCUGAUCUCACUAAACAAACAUGCUUCGUUUGUAAAUUAUGUCUGAGUGUUGGAGUGUGUCCCUGGCUAUCCGUAAAUAAAAAAACAAGAAAAUGGUACGGUCUGGUUUGCUUAAUAUAAGGAAUUGGAAAUUAUUUAUUAUUUUACUUUUGAUACUUAAUGAUGCAUUAUGCAGAAAUUGCUCUGCCAUUUCCUGGUUGCUAAAAUUCUAAUAGUUAGCCUAAUUUCAGUUUAUGUGACAAAACAAGAAGUCAUUGUGUAGAGAAUCAUUGUACCAUCUAAACCGCUGUGAAGUAUAUUUUCCAUAACCAAAAAUAUUGUAUAUUCAGCUGGUGUACAAAACCGUAAGUAAAAUAUGCAAAAACAAAACUUCAGAACGGGAAGCAUAGAAAUAGGACACAUAGAACAGAUCUACCACUUCUUAGACUUGCUUUCAACGGGAAUGAAAGAUCUAUAACUCACAUUUCUAUGUGAAUUUGGUCGGGUCUAUGAAAAAGUAGCGUUAAGUAUAUUUUAGCAAUUACAUUUACUUUUGAUAGUUAAGUAUAUUUAAAACCAAAUACUUUUAGACCUUACUCAAGUAGUAUUUUACUGGGUGACUUUCAAUUUUACUUGAGUCAUUUUCUAUUAAGGUAUAUUUACUUUUACUCAAGUAUGACAUUUUUUCCACCAUUGUCCAGCACUGAGACAGCCACAACCUCAAGCACUCUCACAGCUCUCUAAGGAAGCAUUUAUUCAACUUUGAACAUUCUCCUCUUUUUUCAGUUUUAGUAUUUAAAGUGUUUUGUUAGCUAAAUCAAAGCCUACUUUAAUGGUUAUUUUUAUCAAUGUCUAGUGUGCAUCUUGUCAGUCCCCCCCCCAUCCCUCAUUCACGUUAUUGGCUGGCUGGACCAUCCCACUGUUCUGUGGCACCAGCGGGGGAUUUGGCUGAUUGAGAGAUAGAUUGGGCAAUCAUUCUGUCUGAGAGGGAGACAUCGAUUAUCUGCUGUAGGGUCUAAGGGCCACGAGGGGCCCAUCAGUAACACAUUGAUCGACAGACUUAGAGGUGUGUGUGUUUGUUUAACUAGACUUGUGGGUACCAGAAGUCCUCACAAGUAUAGUAAAACAUGGAGAAUUUGGCAAGUUGGGACAUUUUGCCGGUCCCCACGAGGAAAAAUGCUAUUUUAGGCUUAGGAGUUAGGUUUAGGGUUAGGGAUACAAUUAGGGAUAUAAUUAAGGUUAGGCUGGCCCUCCGGAGUGGCGCAGCGUUCUAAGGCACUGCAUCGCAGUGCUAGAGGCGUUACUAUAGAACCGGGUUCAUUCCCGGGCUGUGCCACAACCGGCCGUGGCCGGGAGUCCCAUAGGACGGCGCACAAUUGGCCCAGCGUUGUCCGGUUUAGGGGAGGGUUUGACCGGGGGGGCUUUACUUGGCUCAUUGCUCUUUAGGGUUAUGGUUAGGUUUAGGGUUAAGGUUAGGUUUAGGGUUAAGAAAAAUAUGAUUUUGGAUGGGAAUCAAUUCUUUGGGCGCCACAAGGAUAGCAGUACAAAACUGUGUGUGUGCGUGCAUGUUUUACCCUACCUUUGUUCAGUAGUUGUGUGUGUUUAUGUACGAGAAGAAGGUGAGAAGCCACCAAGGAAUAUUGUGUGAAUAUCAAUGUGGUAAAAGGAUGUGUUGUGGUCAUGGUGGUGGUUUUCAAAGUUUCCGAAUAGCAGCAUGCAUAGUGAAUCAUUUAUGAGCAAUUCAUCCAAGGUGCACAGGUAGAGGGAAUUCUGUAGCUUUAAUGUAUCUGGUUUCAGUGGAGAAAAACUCUCUUUAUGUUAGACAAGGAAAGCAACUGAGUGUGUGCAUGUCAACAUCUAUUUAUCCAUAAUGUGUGGCACACCUCAACUUGAAAGUAGAGUAGACCAUUCUUUUCUCCCCUAAGAGAUACUUGUUGUUCUUGUCUCCUCAAACUGUCUGUGAAGGGUACAUUUUCAUAGGCUCAGAUGUGUAGACAUUCAUAUAGGCCUAGAUCAGCAGGUUGACUUCAUGUUGGUCUAGUCUACUUUCACUCCAUAUAGGGCUAUGAGUGGAGUAGUAAUACAUGUAGCUAGUUGCAUGUACCUCGCACAUUGGGCUGCUACAUCAGACUCUGCAGCACGAGAGCGAGAGUAGCUACGUGAGGGACUUUUAUUAGUCUUUGUCUGCAGGAGGAAGCAGUGCUGAGCUCAGGCUAUUUCUGUCCCAUGCAGGCACAUACACACACUGACUCGCACACAGACACACACACUUCUGUUGAUCUAAUGGUUAUUUAUAUAGCCAUGUCACUUAAUAAGGAAACUGUCAGCCAGAGCUCCACCAUCGAUGAGCCAUGCGAUCAUUAGUCGAUUAAUAUCUCCUCUGCAAUUCCCCUCCUUAUCAGAGCUAUUUUCACCUGCUAGAUAAAGACUGAUGAUCUGAGGACAGCGUUAUACAGUUUUGACGUGUAUAUAUGCCAACCAUAGCAAGGAUGAGGGUCUUAUUUUCCCUUUCCCUUUCAUUGAGGUCUGAUGCCAUCAGCAUGGUGCUUUUCAUGCAUGGCAUUUGAGGAAUGUCUCCUGCUGUUGUUUGUGUCACUGUGCGUCAAAGGGAGAAAAUGUAGUCAUGGGUUCGACAUGAAUCAAGGAGUUUUGCUCCUUCUACAAUGCUACAUUACUACACUCAUGCUACUACAGUACUACACUCUUACUACUACACAGAUAGGUACUGCACAAAUACUUACUGAAAGUACCUAGAUUUGCUGUGUGACACACUGUAGACAGACACAGACCUAUCCAUUUUAGUCUGGAUGUGAGGAUGUGGAACUUGCACUGUGGACAAGCAAAUCUUCCUUGUUUUUAUUUAUGGCCAAGGUCUGUUCCCAGGUCAGGGUCUCCUCCCCCUCCCCACUGUAGUGCUGGCCUCAGUUAAGUGACACCUGCUCUGGGGUCAGCCUCAGUGGCUGGUUGUCUGCUGACGGUAAUAGAGGUCCUGGGGGUUAACGACGUGAUCUUUCCCCUGCAGUCAGCACAGCCGCCUCCUCCACACUAUUUCAUCCCAUUAUCUUCAUCCAUCCCCUUCUACUUGCUCCCACCAUAUUUUCUUCACCCCAUCUCGUUUUUCUCUACAUUUGUUAACCCUUUCAACCUCUACAUCCGCAGGUACUGGUGUCACCUCCCUUGGCCCCUUAGCCCUCCCCUCUUUCAUCAGCCCUUUUUCACCACCCCAUCCUUCUAUCCAUUCCUCUGUAAUUAUCUCUCCAUCCAUCUAUAUCCUUCUGUCCCUACUCCAAUGCUCUCUACCCCCCUCCUCUCUCAAUCCCCCUUCGUAAAAGGGAAAUGUGAAAGCUGUGACACACAGGAAACCCAUAACCAUGGCGACGAUGUGGCUUGUCAACGCGUCAUCCUCCCAGUGUUGUAUUACUUCAAUAACGGCUCCCUUUCAGGACCAUUCCCCCGCUCUCCUCUUCUCUCAGCCCUCCUCCCUCUCUCUCUCUCUUCCUUCCUUCCUCUGUCAGACAGUCAUGAACCCCACUACCCUGACUAAGAAAAAAGGUGAAGCUUAUACCCAACGUUCACACGUCUCCGUUUUCCUCACCGAAUGUAUUGAUUGCUAAUCGUCAUAAUUACCAACAAGGACCAAUCCUUCACCACCUCUUCACCUUCAUUCUCAGCUCCCGGUACUUGUGUAACACACUUUCAGUAGAAGGUUAGGCAAAUACUGUCUCUAUGUAGAUUGGCUACAGUUCAAUUUGCAGUGUAAGACCCCACAUGGUAACCGUGGCGAUGUGACGAUGACAUAUGGGGCCAGACAGUGAUCAGACUCCUCUGUGUCCCCGGGUGGAGAGGAUCCUAUUAGAAUCUGGUGUUUGGAACUGUGGAUGCGGAGCACCUGAGUGUGUAACAGUCUUCUGAUAGACUUGGGCUAUUGGAGUGUGUUAGAGCCGUCUGACUGAUUGAACACUAGACAGUGGUUGAGCGGUCUCUGACGUUCUCUCUUUUCCUCUAUUUCUCUUCUCCUCAUUUCUUUCUCAAUUCAAUUCAAUUGUCUUUAUUUCUCACUCUCUCGCCCUCUAUAUAUCCAUCUCCAUCUCUCUCUCUCUCUCCCUUCCUCCUUCCCUCCACCUCUCUCCCUCCCUCACUCUCUCCCCAUCCUAUCAUCCUAGUGCUCUACACUCAGCCUAUGCAAAAUGUUGGCCAUAUCUGCAACCUUUCUCUCUCUCCUCGGUGCCAGGGGCAGAAUAGGCUGUGUUUAAACAAACCUCUGUGAAACACACAGUAAGGGAAAUAGGGAAAAAAUUGGCUGGGACUUUUUUCUUUCUUGGUUCAUUCUCAUACAUGCAUUUGCUUUAGCCGCAUUUCAGGAAGCCACUUCCAAGCUCAAGACUGUCAGGCCCAGCCAGCGAGGGGCCCCGGCGUUCAGCCGAUAUAUUACUCAGUGUGUGAUAUGUGUGCGAGAUGACUGAGAAGGGAGAUGGCUCAGAUUACUGAUGUGUGUGUGUGUGUCCAUGUGUGAAUUUGUGUCCGUGUCGGUGUGUGUGUACGUUUGUACGGGCGCCUGCCUGUUGGGAUGAAAAAUGGCUUCACAACAAAGUCUGUGAUUGUGAAAACACAAGAAUUUACAGUAUUUGCUGUUCUCAGCCUUCAGAAAUGGCAAGGCGCUAACAUUUGAUUGCUUGCAUCAACAGAGCAAACAUGCAGGGCCGGUUCCAGGCACAAGCGGCAUAAGCGGUUGCUUAGGGCCCCCGGCGGCUAGGAGGCCCCCGACCUGAGAGUAAGAAUAGUAGAAUAUACAAGGUGCAAUUUCGAAAUUUGGUUGUGCCUCAGCAGUUUUUCUCUUGUUACAGUGCCUUCGGAAAGAUCAGACCCCUUGACUUUUUUUGUUACGUUACAGCCUUAUUCUAAAAUUGAUUAAAUAAGAAAUGUUCCUCAGCAAUCUUCACACAAUAUCCAAUAAUGACAAAGCGAAAACUGGUUUUUAGAAUUUUUAGCAAAAAAAUGGAAAUACCUUAUUUACAUACGUAUUCAGACCCUUUGCUAUGAGACUCGAAAUUGAGCUCAGGUUCAUCCUGUUUCCAUUGAUCAUCCUUGAGAUGUUUCUACAACUUGAUUGGAGUCCACCUGUGGUAAAUUCAAUUGAUUGGACAUGAUUUGGAAAGGCACACACCUGUCUAUAUAAGUUCCCGCAGUUGACAGUGCAUGUCAGAGCAAAAACCAAGCCAUGAGGUUGAAGGAAUUGUCUGUAGAGCUCCAAGACAGGAUUUUGUCGAGGCACAGAUAUGGGGAAGGGUACCAAAAAAAUUCUGCAGCAUUGAAGGUCCCCAAGAACACAGUGGCCUCCAUCAUUCUUAAAUGGAAGAAGUUUGGAACCACCAAGACUCUUCCUACAGUUGCCCACCGGCCAAACUGAGCAAUCGGGGGGAGAAGGGCCUUGGUCAGGGAGGUGACCAAGAACCCGAUGGUCACUCUGACAGAGCUCUAGAGUUCCUCUGUGGAGAUGGGAGAACCUUCCAGAAGGACAACUAUCUCUGCAGCACUCCACCAAUCAGGCCUUUAUGGUAGAGUGGCCAGACGGAAGCCACUCCUCAGUAAAAGGCACCUGACAGCCCACUUGGAGUUUGCCAAAAGGCACCUAAAGACUCAGAGACCCUGAGAAACAAGAUUAUUUGGUCUGAUGAAACCAAGAUUGAGCUCUUUGGCCUGAAUGCCAAGCAUCACGUCUGGAGGAAACCUGGCACCAUCCCUACGGUGAAGCAUGGUGGUGGCAGCAUCAUGCUGUGGGGAUGUUUUUCAGCGGCAGGGACUGGGAGACUAGUCAGGAUCGAGGCAAAGAUGAACAGAGCAAAGUACAGAGAGAUCCUUGAUGAAAACCUGCUCCAGAGUGCUCAGGACCUCAGACUGGGGCGACGGUUCAGCUUCCAAAAGGACAACAACCCUAAGCACACAGCCAAGACAACGCAAGAGUGGCUUCAGGACAAGUCUCUGAAUGUCCUUGAGUGGCCCAGCCAGAGCCCGGACUUGAACCUAAUCGAACAUCACUGGAGAGACCUGAAAAUAGCUGUGCAGCAACGCUCCCCAUCUGCAGAGAAGAAUGAGAGAAACUCCCCAAAUACAGGUGUGCCAAGCUUGUAGCGUCAUACCCAAGAAGACUUGAGGCUGUAAUUGCUGCCAAAGGUGCUUCAACAAAGUACUGAGUUGAAGAGUCUGAAUACUUAUGUAAAUGUGAUAUUUCAGUUUUUUAUUUUUAACAAAUUAGCAAAAAUGUCUAAAAACCUGUUUUUGCUUUGUCAUUAUGGGGUAUUGUGUGUAGAUUGAUGAGGGAAAAAACAAUUUAAUCAAUUUUAGAAUAAGGAUGUAAGGUAACAAAUUGUGGAAAAAGUCAAGGGGUCUGAAUACUUUCUGAAUGCACUGUAUGUCAGUCACUGACAGUCACUCAAUUAGCCAUGUCCUCUAACAGUCUUUACAUUGGUAGUUAGUCUAGCCAGCUAUCUAAACUUGUAGUAAUCAUGGCCGAAUACCGACCGGGCAUGCAGGGCACGUGCCCAGGGGCCCUGACCUUCAGGGGGCCCCAUUGAUUUUGUUAGUCAUUCUCACUCGGAUAUCAUAUUAACAUGGCAUAAGUCAUUACAAAAUGUGUAGAAUUGCAGGAAAUUAGCUUUAAAACUGCAACAUUUGCAUGAAAAUGUACUUUCAAACAAAAAUAUGUCUCCCUAUCGUCAAGAGGGGGGGCAAUAAAAUGUUUUGCCGUGAGGUGGGGGGCCUCCCAACCAAAUCUCACUUAGGGCCUCCAAAAGGCUAAAGCCGGCCCUGCAAACAUGCUACCAUCUGACUGGAAGCAUGAUCAAAGCUAACACACUAGUAUCUGACUGCUAGUAGCCCGCCCCUGACUAAUAAAUAAAUAACAAGAGACCUGGGGAGGGUGAGCAGUAGAAAUUGAAUUAAAGAGCUUCUUGUGUUCAAUUAAACAGCCGUAAACACUGCUGAAAUCAGUCCAGGGGAGGAGGAAAAGAACUCCACCAAGAGAGAGUGAUAGACACACACACACUGUAUCAGACACUCCCAGAGAUUUUCUGAUGACGCUUCCUUGUUUCUGAGUUAGCUGUAGAGCUGUAAACCUUGAGACUGCUGCAGUAGAGACUGGCACUGGCAGGCUCAGUGUUUAUAGAACCCCACUACCCUCCUGAUCCUGAGGCAGCCAGGGAAUGGCCUCUGCCUACUGAGUCACGGAGUCAUCUAUAUUCAGAACGAGAGGAUCUCCUCCUCCUCCUAUCUUUACACAGACCAACAUGAUACACACUGUGGGUGACUCCAGAGUGAUGCAACAGCUGAAAGACCACAUUUCGGCCCUAGAGCGACAAGGAGCUGUUGGUUUACUCUCUUUUAUCAUUACAGGAAACACAGUAAAAACACAGAAACGCAGUAAAAAGACAGACACAGCUAGACAGCCUAAAAACAAACUAGAACAGGAUAUUAAUGCGCCAUCGAAACAAAUUAAAUCGAAUAUAAAAAAAUAAAAUAGGCAGUCGACAAUGGAUAGAUACAGUACAAACACACAAACACACUAGGAUGCGGGCUCACACACACAUACACACCCUAUACUUUAUGGGCCAUUUUUAACCAGGCACUAUUUCAGACUGCUAAACUCUGGCGUUUUUAUGACACUCCCCCGCUUAAAUCAAUUACGGGGAGGCAGAGGCAUGCGAGCAUCAGCGGUAAUAACCCAUGGGGGUCGGGGGCCUCGCAGUGAGAAUGGUGAUUAAUGAAAACCACACUGAUUUGUCCACAAAUGUUGUAGAACCCGACUCACUAACGAAAAAGGAAAAAGAGAAUACAAUGUAUGUACAAUGGCAUAUGGUGUCAGCAGUGGGAUUUCAGUCCUACAGUGUGUUCAGAUCACGGUGUACCAUUAGACUGACCUGUUGGCCCAUCUUUGUUAUCAGUCCUGCCAAUGCCUGUUGUUACCAGUCUGUUACUUUCUUUAGGCCUGCCCAUUUAAUUAGAUAGAAAAAAUACAGCUGACUUGUGUUCUGUUUUUAAGGCUGGUCUAAUUCUUCCAUUGAUGUUCCCACUGACAAUGUGGCUUAAUUAAUGCUGCUCUUAUUGACAUUUUCUUCUCUCUUGGCUCUGUUGCUCGCCAUUAUCCUGGUAUGUAUGUUCUGUUGUCUCUGCUGUCGACUGCUGUCUAUGGACUAGUUCAGCCUUACUCAAUAGGUGACCGCCUCAACGAAAUUAUAUAUAUUUUUAAGGAACUGUCAGGCUUUUAAAUUACUGUUGAGAGUUGUAUAGUUGAAUGCAGAAGGUGCAAUUUUGAAAUUUGGUGGUACAUUAGCAGUUUUUAUCAUAUGAACACACAUAAUACAUGGCAAAAUGUGUAGAAUUGCAGGAAAUUAGCUUUAAAAGUGCAAAGGUUUAUUUCUGCCCCAUGGCAAAGUAUGUAGACUUGCAUGAAAUAUGCUUUAAAACUGCAAAAUUCUCUCUGCCAACAAGAGAGGUUUGAACAGUUUGUGUCGUGGACAGUGUGUGAGUGUUAAAAAUAUAUGUGGCGCAAGUUGCUGAGGGGCUGACUAUUUCUGUGGGGUCUGCAUGGGUCGCAAGGUGGGGGUUUGUAACUAUGCCGAUAAAUGACAAUAUAUCCAUCCGGACACGGUACUGGUACCCCGUGUAAAUAGCCAAGUUAUUGUUAUUGUGUAGUUAUUCCUCAUGUUAUUAUCUUUCUAUUAUUUAAAACAUAUUCACUGCAUUGUUGGGAAGGGCCCGUAAGUAGACUGUUGUUUACGAAGCAUAUGACAAAUAAAAUGUGACUUGAUUUUACCUUUGCCACCUAGGAAAUGUGUGUGUCCAGGUGAUUACUGAUGCAUUCAUGAAGAUUCAUUCAUACAGUAUCUCUCUACAUCACUGCAGCUUAUUGAGUGCAAUGUGCUUUUAAAAAGUAAAGCAGAGAAGAUGCAUUAUGAUUAUGAAUAACGGGAGGUAGAGAAAGAUAAUCAUUCUAAUACGCAGGGAUGGGGUCAAUACCCUUUAAAUUCAUAAGAAUUUAAUAAAUCUUCCAUUAAACGAUUUCAGGUCAUCGUGAAUUUACUUAAUUGAAAUGGAAUUGAGCUCAUUCUUGCUAAUAGGCACUACUACUAUCAUCAUCAACAGCAGCACUAUUCUGGUCAGCCUGUACUGAGUGUUUGUUGUGUUGUGUUUGCCAGCUGGACCCAGACAACACCGGUUUCAUCACAGUGGAGAACUUCACCAGUUUGGUGGAGCACCAUGAGCUGCAGCUGGACCCCUCCAAACUGGACAUGCUGUUCGCCCUGGUGCAGAGCAACGAGGAUGGACAGGUGUGCUACCAGGAGCUCAUCGAGCUGGUGAGUGGCUGAAAGGGUACACACAGAGGCAUGCAUGCACGCACACACACAGAGAGGCACGUUCACACAGAAGCAGGCAUAGUACACACUCACGCUACAGAAUUAUUUGAGAAAGGUUAGAGAAUUGCACACAAAUUAUUUCAUGAUAAUACACACAAAUACAGAUAUUCACACUCAUAAUUCAUAGCAUGAGAAUAUCAUGCACUUGCAGCGUAAUAUACUGUAUUGUACUGCUGAGUAGUGUUCUGAGUCUUGUGAUGCUGCUAGGAGGUCAGAGACAUCAUUCUUAUUCAUUCCUUUCUACUUAACCUGUCUGUGUUUAGACCUGUGUUUCUUUUAAAGGGGCUGAGGUGAUUCUCAGCCCUGUGUAGCCGCAGACCAGAGCAUGUUUCUUCUCCUCCUCGCAGCGUGAUUAAUUAAACACAAUGCAAUUCCUGCCAUAUUUUCACUUCCCUAAGCUGAUUCCUUCUCUCCCUCUGUUUUGCUCAUGGUGUGUAAUGACAGCUUUUAUUUCCAUUUGGUUCCUGUACAAAUGCUCAGGUCUCGCUUCUAUUGAGUGAGCAGCAAUGCAGAUGAAGUCUCGCUGACAUUUGAACCCCAUCCUUAAGUUUACUCCUCCUUCUAUCAUCCACUCUUCCCUUUAUGGAACUCUACGCCUAUUCCUUCUGUUACUCUAGGAAGAGUCUUGGUGGUUCCAAACUUCUUCCAUUUAAGAAUGAUGGAGGCCACUGUGUUCUUGGGGACCUUCAAUGCUGCAGACAUUUUUUGGUACCCUUCCCCAGAUCUGUGCCUCGACACAAUCCUUUCUCGAAGCUCUACGGACAAUUCCUUUGACCUCAUGGCUUGGCUUUUGCUCUGAAGUGCACUCUCAACUGUGGGACCUUAUAUAGACACGUGUGCCUUUCCAAAUCAUGUCCAAUCAAUUCAAUUUACCACAGGUGGACUCCAAUCAAGUUGUAGAAACAUUUCAAGGAUGAUCAAUGGAAACAGGAUGCACCUGAGGUUAGGUACUGUAGGUUAGACAGCACACUACCACUUCCACACUCCAUUCCCCCAUGGGGCACCAGCAACUUUGACCAGGUGCUGAGCCUGGUUGAUAAGUGCAUCAGGUGCUGCCAAUUAAAGUGAUCGUCAGUCAGUGGCCCAGCUUGUAAGCUGGGAGGUGGCUGGUUUUGUUUGGUGGCCAUGAGGUCUUUUGUUUUUGAGUCUUUAGUUUGGGCAUGCCUUUGGUAUUUUUUCCUUUUUGAUUAUAUUUAUGUUUCGUCACCCACUGAGAAAAUACUAAUCCGCUUAGACUGGCUGACCAAGAAGUCAAGAGAGAGAGUUGGCUCUGGACCAAGGUAAGGUUGCGGUCUCCCUGGGCACAUGUGCAUCCAACACGGUUUUACAGCCCUCUAACCAAUUGUACUAUUAUGUGUGUUUUUUCGCUUUAUUUGUAAUUUAUUCUGUACAUAAUGUUUCUGCCAUCGUCUCUUAUAACCAAAAAGAGCUUCUGGAUAUCAGGACAGCGAUUACUCACCUCGUAUUGGACGAAGAUGUUUUCUUCAACGAGUCGGACGCGAAGGAUAUCCUACAGACACCCGACAAGGCCCAAAUCCCCGUCAUUCGCAAGAGAAAGAGACGGAGAUAUCGUGGACGUAGGUCGGGUGCCUUGUAAGGAUCCGACGGCGAGCGAGUAAACUGCCUCUUCCAUCAAUCCUAUUAGCUAAUGUUCAAUCAUUUGAAAACAAAAUGAACGACCUAAGAUCAAGGUUAUCCUACCAACGGGACAUUCAAAACUGUAAUAUCUUAUGUUUCAUCGAGUCAUGGCUGAACGACGACAUGGAUAACAUACAGCUGGCGGGAUAUACGCUACAUCGGCAGGAUAGAACGGCUGACUCCGGUAAGACAAGGGGUGGUGGUCUGUGUAUAUUUGUAAACAACAGCUGGUGCACAAAAUCAAAUACUCAAAAUCAAAUACUAAGGAAGUCUCAAGGUUUUACUCGGCUGAGGUAGAGUAUCUUAUGAUAAGCUGUAGACCACACUAUUUACCAAGAGAGUUUUCAUCUAUAUUUUUCUUAGCUGUCUAUUUACCACCACAAACCGAUGCUGGCAUUAAGAUUGCACUCAAUGAGCUAUAUAAGGCCAUAACUAAACAGGAAAACGCUCAUCCAGAGGCAGCGCUCCUAGUGGCCGGGGACUUUAAUGCAGGGAAACCUAAAUCCAUUCUACCUCAUUUCUACCAGCAUGUUAAAUGUGCAACCAGAGGAAAAAAAAUCUAGACCACCUUUACUCCACACACAGAGACGCAUACAAAGCUCUCCCUCGCCCUCCAUUUGGCAAAUCUGACCAUAACUCUAUCCUUAUAAGCAAAAACUAAAGCAGGAAGCACCAGUGGUCAGAUUACGCAGAUGCUAAGCUCCAGGACUGUUUUUCUAGCACAGACUGGAACAUGUUCCGGGAUUCUUCAGAUAGCAUUGAGGAGUACACCACAUCAGUGACUGGCUUCAUCAAUAAGUGCAUCGAUGACGUACAUACCCCAACCAGAAGCCAUGGAUUACAGGCAACAUCCGCACUGAGCUAAAGGGUAGAGCUGCCGCUUUCAAGGAGUGGGACUCUGACCCGGAUGCUUAUAGGAAAUCCCGCUAUGCCCUCCGACGAACCAUCAAACAGGCAAAGAGUCAAUACAGGACUAAGAUUGAAUCGUACUACACCGGCUCUGACGCUCGUCGGAUGUGGCAGGGCUAGAAAACUAUUAUAGACUACAAAGGGAAGCACAGCCGCGAGCUGCCCAGUGACACAAGCCUACUAGUCGAGCUAAACCACUUCUAUGCUCGCUUCGAGGCAAGCAACACUGAAGCAUGCAUGAGAGCACCAGCUGUUCCGGAUGACUAUGUGAUCACACUCUCCGUAGCCGAUGUGAGUAAGACUUUUAAGCAGGUCAACAUUCACAAGGCCGCAGGGCCAGACGGAUUACCAGGACGUGUACUCCGAGCAUGUGCUGACCAACUGGCAAGUGUCUUCACUGACAUUUUCAACUGUCCCUGACUGAGUCUGUAAUACCAAAAUGUUUCAAGCAGACCACCAUAGUCCCAGUGCCCAAGGACACUAAGAUAACCUGCCUAAAUGACUACCGACCCGUAGCACUGACGUCUGUAGCCAUGAAGUGCUUUGAAAGGCUGGUCAUGGCUCACCUCAACACCAUUAUCCCAGAAAUCCUAGACCCACUCCAAUUUGCAUACCGCCCCAACAUAUCCACAGAUGAUGCAAUCUCUAUUGCACUCCACACUGCCCUUUCCCACCUGGACAAGAGGAACACCUACGUGAGAAUGCUAUUAAUUGACUAUAGCUCAGCAUUCAACACCAUAGUGCCCUCAAAGCUCAUCACUAAGCUAAGGAUCCUGGGACUAAACACCUCCCUCUGCAACUGGAUCCUGGACUUCCUGACGGGCCGUGUGGUGCCAGGAUAACAACCUCUCCCUCAACGUGACCAAGACAAAGGAGAUGAUUGUGGACAGCAGGGAAAAAAAGAGGACUGAGCACGCCCCCAUUCUCAUCGACGGGGCUGUAGUGGAACAGGUCGAGAGCUUCAAGUUCCUUGGUGUCCACAUCACCAACGAACUAUCAUGGUCCAAACACACCAAGACAGUCGUGAAGAGGGCACGACAAAGCCUAUUCCCCCUCAGGAGACUGAAAAGAUUUGGCACGGGUCCUCAGAUCCUCAAAAAGUUAUACAGCUGCACCAUCGAGAGCAUCCUCACUGGUUGCAUCACCGCCUGGUAUGGCAACUGCUCGGCCUCCGACCGCAAGGCACUACAGAGGGUAGUGCGUACGGCCCAGUACAUCACUGGGGCCAAGCUUCCUGCCAUCCAGGACCUCUAUACCAGGCGGUGUCAGAAGAAGGCCCUCAAAAUUAUCAAAGAUUCCAGCCACCCUAGUCAUAGACUGUUCUCUCUGCUACUGCACGGCAAGCGGUACUGGAGCACCAAGUCUAGGUCCAAAAGGAUUCUCAGCAGCUUCAAGCCAUAAGACUCGUGAACAGCUAAUCAUGGCUAAGCGGACUACUUGCACUGCCCCCCCCCCCCACCCCAUCUUUUUACUCUGCUACUACUCUGUUAAUUGUUUAUGCAUAGUCACUUUAACUCUACCCACAUGUACAUAUUACCUCAAUUACCUCAACUAGCCGGUGCCCCCGCACAUUGACUCUGCACCGGUACCCCCCUGUAUAUAGCCUCCCUACUGUUAUUUUAUUUUACUUCUGCUCUUUUUUUCCUCAACACUUUUUAGUUGUUUUAUUUUACUUUUUUAUUAAAAAAUAAAUGCAUUGUUGGUUAAGGGCUGUAAGUAAGCAUUUCACGGUAAUGUGUACACCUGUUGUAUUCGGCACAUGUGGCAAAUCAAAUUUGAUUUGAUUUGAAAUGCAGAUUUCGCACAUAAAUGCACACAUUCAUUCAGGUUACAGACCAUGUAACUAGGCCUAGGACCCCUAGACAAAGUGAGUGCAACAAUAUCCAUAGGCUAGUUAUGGGUUUCGUAACAAUUUAUUUCACCUUGUUAACUGAGUGUUCCAGUAGUUGCUAUCAUGUAUUCUUGUUAAAUUAAAGAAAUCUGUAAUUCCUCUCCUUCAGGUGGUAGUUUAAAUGAUGUUCUGAGAACAUCCCACAUAGCUCCCAUCCUGUAGGUAGGAUCAUUGUCAGGUGACUGUGGUCAUGAGAAACUCCUUGCCGUAGUCAUUUUUCCUCCUUAAUGGGAGAGAUACAGCAAUACGGAUCCCACCGCUGCCACCAUCUGGCAAUAUGCUUUGUGUUGUAGUCAUGACAGAGAAAUAUAUACAACGUUUGGCAAACAUUCCUGGGCAAGCUUCAGUUAGCUACAGUAAAUAGUCAAGUAAGAAUAUUUAAGUUUCCUGUGUAACACCAAUAUUGCUCCAUGGAUUCUCUGGGUUAGCGCUGCCACCAUCUGGCAAUAUGCUUUGUGUUGUAGUCAUGACAGAGAAAUAUAUACAACAUUUGGCGAACUUUACUGGGCAUGCUACAGUAAAUAGUCAAGUAAGAAUAUUUAAGUUUCCUGUGUAACACCAAUAUUGCUCCAGGGAUUCUCUGGGUUAGUGCUUCACUUGAAGAUGGAUAAAGUAGAAGCUUAGCCCAGAGGAGCAUUUGCCACCUGUGACCUGACUGAAGCUCUCUUGGGGAAUGUUUAGUGUCCCCAGCAAGGCUAUUUUGGAUAUUUAGUGGCUCCAGUGUGGUCAUUAUAUUGUUUAGAGAUGUCAAUGGGGUCGUCUGACAGUGUUUAGUGCCCACGGUUCAUCUGUCUUCUGAGUAGAAGAACAGGGUCUCACUGAAGGGAAAGACAAAAAAAAAAGAUAAUAGAUGGACCCCAUCAUCCCUGAUACACAUCGUACACACACACACACACUUAUCUGCUCCACACAUACAAACACACCCUCGCAACACACCACAAACUCAGGCAGGCACCAUUUCUCUUUUAGGUGGGUUGCUGACUUCAGAGUGGUGCACUCUGCUUAAGUGUCCAUGACUGAAGGUUUUUCCAGUUUAGGUCCUGAUGAUAAAGGUGGGCUCUCAUUUUAAAAGGAUUUUGCUAGAAUGAGGGUGGGCGCAAACAGUGCUGAGAUCCACCGUGAUUUCGUUUUUUUCUUAUCACUGUGUGUUUGCAUUUAUUUAAUAGCUUAAUAAUGGAUUAUAAAUGACCAGUAAAUGUGUAGUAUAUGGCGUGCCGAUCCUGUUUAAUAGAACUAAGUGAUGGCGAGUCAUUUACUGCAUGGUGAUUCGCGGGCGUUCAGAUUCCAGCCUGGUUCUUCACAGUAUGUGGUAAAUCAUUUAGUAACAUUAAUUUAAUGAUUUAUUAAUCGAGCUAGCUAGCAUUUAGUAGCAGGACUUUUUGACUCUAAGCCUGGAGGGCUCUGUGUAAGAGAGAGAGGGCUGAUGUUCUCCCAUCACCAUUCAUGAAAUAAGUGUGAUUUUGCACCAAAGUUUAGCAAGCAUCAGGACCAACUUUGGAAAUGUACUUGAAUGGAACGUUAGAAUAACUUGAUACCAAACUCAAUACCUCCUAAUAUACCUCUAUAUAAGGAAAACAUGGAACAAAUAUCAUCUUUAUGUGUUAUUAUUUAUUCAAACUAUCGAUCAGUACACUAUUGAGCAAACACCAGAACUAAUUAAGUCAUCAUGAAGAACAGAGGCUGAGCUGAGACCAGCAUGUACUGUAAGCCCACACACUGUUCUCAAGGAGGGGAGUGUGAGCACCCUGCUGUUUUGGAAUACAUGCACGUGUGCACACACACACCCCGAUGUCAAUUAGGUCCAUUCCUGUCUCCCUUAAAGGGAAUUCUAUCUAUAGCUCCAUCCUUAGCCUUUAAUAUCAAUAAUUGUCCCUGGCAGACAUCUUGCUGCUUGUCAAGGGAAUUUUAGCUGCGGACCUUGUUGAUGCCAAAGUCUGAGGUUCUCCUGAGUAGUGAUGUAAUGGGAUGUGAUGCUAGCACACCCUGCUAGAAUGCUCCUCAUGGUUUUGUCAGGGCUCCCCAGUCAAGUUGUCAGCUCUCGUGCUAAUGCGCAUUAUUGUCUGCCUCCCUGUCUCAUAUCCCAAACUUCAAAGGCCGCUUACUGCUCACUUUAGAAGCGGCAGUCCCACAUGUCAGAGGAAAAGGCAAGGUGGAAUGACAAGUGUGUCUACUGGGAAACGUCUCCAGGGAACGUUCAGGAGCACAAAUCUCAGAGAGGGAGAAGAAACGCAUCGCUAAGAGGAGAGGCAGCAGAUGUUUUUGGAAAACAAACGUAGAUAAAACACUGGAAACACAGGCAUCAUUUAGAGAAGAAAGCCCACAGAGAAGAAAACAUUUCAUUUGUAUAUAAAUCCCCCAACCACACACAACCACGUUCCUUUUCUCCCAUUCGGUCUCUUAACUCUUCUAAUAAAGACAUUAGUAAAGACAGGUGGAAACCAUUCACUUCCGCAGUACAACUGCAGCCGUGCUUCCCCGGAGCUAGUCGAUCCAUGAGGGCAUCCUAUUUUCCCUCCCUAAUUUUCCUUUCCUUCCUUCCUAAUGUCCCCCUUCUACCCCCUCUCUUGUGCUUUCCUCUCCCUCCAAGAGCAUGUACAGUAUAAUUGCAUUUCCUGGGCCUGAUCUCCAUGCUAAAAUAUGCAGUGGUGCAGCCACGGGAGGGCCGGCAGCCCCUCUCGGCUUGACGCUGCUUAUCGCUGUGCCACAGACCCACACUUGCUCAUUGUUCAACCCUGGCAUCAUAAUUACCUAAUACGUGUCUCACGGCAUCCCGCUCGACUAUACUUCACCACCAUCCACUACCGCUCUACAGACUAACUAUAUUUCUGUUUUUCCUCAAUUAUUUUCUUUAAUAGCCUCAGAUGGCUAGGAUCCAUUUGUAUGUGAUUUGUUUGUUUUAUAUAUUUAUUUAUUUGUCUCCUUGUUUUGUUUCUUUCAUUAGCGCCAUGUAGAUAUUGCCCCCGAUUACUUUCAUUGUUAUACUCCCCACAGUGUCCGGAUGUAAUGAGCCUGCACACAACAGCACCUAAUGAAUUGUGGUUGGUUCGCUUUAGCUGCCUCCUUGAUGGGGUCUGUGGGGACUCUGAUGACUGUUGCAGUAGAGAUGGAUACAGUAUGAAUGUGGCUUGACCUAUUGUCUGCGUCUGUGUAUCAUCUUGGAUUGAAGCAUCAUUCUCUCUAUGGCAUAGGCAUACACAGAUCCAUAUACACUGAGAUGUGACAUUCUUAUCUCCUUCCCUUGUAGAGCCUUUCAGAUUUAUUAUCAUCAUAUGAGAAAGUUCAUUUUCUUCCAGAUUCAUGGUAGAAUGUGUCCCUUAUCCCUGUCAGUUGUGGUUGCACCAUGGUUUUUCCUCAAGACUUCCUACUAAAGUAGCAGACAUCAGGGAUUCCAUGUACCAAGUCAUGCUAGCCCCCAGCUGUGCCGUUCCUGCUCACUAAGGAAACCUGAAGUGUCAAUGAUAACAGGAGCCUGUCACCUGUCUCCCCACCACAUGCUCCACUCCCCCCCUCAGCAGAGCUUUGCCCCUUGAAGGCAAAAACACAGUUAUUUUGGGUGAAUAGAGGCACCGUGUGUACCUGUCAAGGCAAGGCAGUGCAGAAAUGUUCUCCUCCACUUUUAGCACCGAACGCUUCAAGGAAGCCGCGAGAAUGGAGAUGCUCUUUGUUUGAAGUUGAGUGCAGGUAAAAAGUCAACUUCUAAAUGCAGUUGCAGGCAUUUAGCAUGCCAGUUCAUCUAUCAAAUUAAAUAUUUCUUCACUCUGUCAGUUUCAAAGGAAUACUAACUUUGUUCCCAUUGUCUCUAUUCUCUCCAUCCAUCUCCCGCCCUUCUCCUCAGAUGAGCAGCAAGCGCUCCAGCAGUUUCCGACGGGCCAUCGCCAAUGGCCGGCGUACGCUGCAGCGAGAGAUCCUAUUGGAUGAGACGGGCCUGGGUGUGUACAAGCGCUUUGUGCGCUACGUGGCCUAUGAGAUCCUGCCCUGCGAGACAGACCGGCGCUGGUACUUCCACCAGAACCGCCUUUGUCCCCCGCCCGUCUUCAUGGCCAUCAUUACCAUCGUCCAGGUGAGAGGGAAGAGAGAAAGCAGAUGGAGGCCUCGGAUAACUGAGCUGCUCAUUGUUAAGACCAGUGGUCCCAGAAAUGUGUGCAUUGUUACCCACCUGAAUAUGUUUUAAGUUACUUAUGACCCUUCAAAUAAGCAGAACAAUGUUUAUGGCAUAAAAAGUAUUUAGCUUUGUCAUAUGUGGAAAUGGCUGUGACCCAUUAGUGGGCAGUGGGCAGUGUGGGCACUGACCAACUAUUUGGUAAACAAUUGUUAAGGAGGUGCACUCGAUGCCAGUCCUCUAAGGCAACUGUAUUGGCUUUCAUGAUUGAAUUCUUGGAUUCUUAUCAGGAACUGAUGUAGAACUGGGAAACCAAGCCAGUGGACUAGUCUCUGGGCAAGUCAGUGACAUUAUUGGAACAAUUUAGUGAGAGGAAAGAAAAUAACCACUAGACAGCUUUAGCCCCAGAGGCCUUGGCUUGAAUAGGGAAUGCUAAAAAACCUGCUGCAUGUUGCGUUUAUAUCUAAAUGCUUCACAAUGGCGGUGAAUGGUCUGUAAUGAUAGAGGCAAUGAUAAUGACUAUUUCCUUUCAUUAAAAUUAAUGAAGAUGAUGAUUCAUUGACUUAUGAAAGGAGCUAAUGGAAUCGGUCCAGCUGUGUGUCUCUCUGUAUGUGCAUAUCUUGUUGGUGCCAAUGGAAGUCUUCAACCGACGCAAGGCAUACGGCGUUCGAAAAAAGUGGCAUUUAUUAGCAGAAUCACAAUUUGUUUUGGCAAGGGCAAUUUCUUGGCUCUCACAACAGAAAUCUGUAUUAUAUGAUAUAAAUGAGUGUCUGAAUGAAGAGACGUGGGUGUGAAGCAGCGUGUGUCUCUCCCGUCAGAUCAUCGUGUUCAUGUGCUAUGGCAUCAUGCUGAAUAAGUGGGUGCUGCAGACAUACCAGCCAGACUUCAUGAAGAGCCCCCUGGUGUACCACCCCAGACACCGCCACCAGGUCUGGCGCUUCUUUAGCUACAUGUUCAUGCACGUUGGGUAAGAGACCACCCCACCUCAUUCACACGUGCACACACACACAGUGUAAAGCAACAUUAAUUGAUACUGCAAGGCAUUGACCGAUAAUGGUUUAGAUGGGAUUUAUGGAUAGAUGGUGAUAGAUGACUACUGUAGAUAACAUUGAUGAAGUGUCUAGACUAAAGGAGCUGAUUUAAAACUCUAUGCAUAAUUAAUCUGCUAUUGAGACCGGUGUCAUGCUCCUGUUCACUGUCUCUCAGGUUGGAGCAGCUGGGGUUCAAUGCUCUGCUCCAGCUGAUGAUCGGUGUUCCCUUGGAGAUGGUCCACGGCAUCCUACGCAUCAGUCUGCUGUACAUGGCCGGUGUUGUG